AUGCUGGCGCCGUGCGUAGCCGCGCGCCCGCAGCCGCUGCGCGUUGGCACCUCCCGCCUGCCGCCUGUGCCGCAGGCAGCGGCGUCGGGCAGCGCUGUGAGUUCCAGGGGCGCCGGAACUGCCGCGGCCGCCGCCGCGGCGCUGUCGGCGCCGCGAGCCCGCGGGCGGGGCCGGCGCGGGCUGGGUCGAGCGCGUCUUGGGCUGCGGCUCGGCGGCGCAGCGGCACGUCGGGGUCUGGAGCCUGGUGCCCAUGACGCUGGCGUGCCGCUGCCCCCCGGCGUCGCGGCGGGGCACCGGCCCCAGAGGCUCGAGCUCUCGGAGCGGCAGCUGGCCGACUUCGACCAAGACGGCGUGGUCCUCGUGCGCGGGGCGCUGCGGGGCUGGGUGGAAUUCCUGCGGGCGGUCACCGACCACCAGACCAGCCACCCGCACCCGCGGGCGCGCGACUUCGGGUUCUACGAGUACUACCAGCGGGAGCUGUGGGCUACGAACGACGGCUUCAGGGACUUCAUCUUCUACUCGCCGCUGGGGCACGUCCUCGCGCAGCUCGCCCGGACGGCUUCUGUCCGGCACUGCACGGACGUGCUCAUGGUGAACCCGAUCAAGGACAUCUCGUGGCACCAGGACAGCCAGAACGGGCCCGUCGACCGCGCCGACCUCGUCCGGUGGUGGGUGGGCAUGGACCCGUGCGGCGAGGGCGGCAUUGGUGCACCCAUCUUCCUCCGCGGCUCCCACCGCAACGCCACGGUCGGCCCCGCGGAGUCGACCGUCGACCUCGCGCGGGGCGACCUGCCGGCGUUUGUCGGGAGGCCCACCGCCUAUGCGGUCGGCUCAGCGACUGCUGACCGCGCGGUCGGCGAUCACAGGUCGCCGUACUCGGGGGGAUCGCGUGAUCGCCGCUCGCGUGGUCGGUCCGGCCUGAUCGCGCGGUCGUCCGAGCCGAGAGGCGCGAUCGAUCCGUGCUCGGCGCGGCAGCCUUGGCGAUCCGGGCUGCGCUCGGAGCACGCGGUCGGGGGGCAUGAUCUGCCGAGUGCUCGGCCAGACGCUCAGGUGGUCGAGCCCGGGGACCUCAUCGCGUGGGACGUCCGCGCGAUCCACCGCGUCAGCGCCCCGCCCCCCGGCACCGCUCGCCGCGCGCUCGGCGGCACGGCCGCCAGGUCCGGGGCACUGUACCGGUGCAAGAAGGACGGCGUCGCCCCGUGCGACUACGACGGCCACGGCCUCGAGGACGGGGCGCCGCUCGCGGGGCCCUUCUUCCCGCGCGUCUUCCCGCGGCGCGAGCCGGCCGAGGAGGCCUUCCGCUCGCAGGGCCGGGUCCGCUUCCUGCAGCGGGACCCCUGGGGCGCCGCCGCGGGGGCGGCGGCAGCGGCCGGCCUGGGCCUCGCCAGGGGCAUGGCCGCGGCAUUCCGCCUCGGGGGCCCCUCGUGA